AUGCAACAACGCUCUGAUUCUUCUCGAAGAGACUCCUCGAAUCUGCCUGGAAGUGUCUUCCUUAUCGCUGGAGAUGGACGGAUUCUCCAGCUGCCAAUGCCGAGCAACUCGCCCAGGGAUCCCUUGAGUUGGAGCCCUGCAACGCGGUUCACAACCAUCGGUGUCCUGGUGUUUUUCUCUAUUGUGGCCCUGUUAAACGUUCAGGCAGCUAGCCUGAUUUACGGACCGCUAUCUAAGGAAUUCGAUGAUGAGCUCCCUAAGAUCAGUAAAGGCGUUCCUCUAAAUCUUCUCGUGUCGGCACCAAGCACCCUGUUCCUUGGCCUCGGAGCACUCUUCUGGGUUCCACUCUCCUUGGCACUGGGGCGACGGCCAGUCUUCCUGUUGGCCUGUUUAUUCUUGAUGCUCGGAAGCUUGGUCGCGGCGAUUGCAAACAAGUUCUACCUGCUUCUGGUUGCCACCUGCAUCCAGGGUUUUGCGGCUGGAUUUGCCUUCAGUACUGGGCUGCUUAUGGUUAUUGACUUGACCUUUAUCCACGAACGACUGAUGGCCAUCGCCAAUUACUGGGGUGUGGGUGCUGCAAUUACACUUAUGGCAUUACGGCUCGUCCCAGUCCUGGGAGGGACUCACUGGCGGAACUACUACUGGUUCUCGUUCAUUAUGUCCCUGACUUGCACCAUCCUUGCACUCUUUCUUGUCCCCGAGACAUAUUUUGUCCGACCUGCCAUCGCCUUUGACGGUCGCAUCUUGGUGCAAGAUGGCUCAGAAAAUGUCAAAAUUUACCAAGACUGGGACGAGGUUCCUGGUGGAAAGCCUCUCCCUAGGAUACCCGAGAGCGAUCCGCCGACCUGGCAACUCUUAGCCCAGAGGCUCACAAUCCGCAAAGCAGGCGGGGGCUGGAAGCAGAUGGGCCCAUCCUACAUGCAGGUUCUGCUCUGGCUUUGCAACCCCUUGGCAUUCUGGGUCGCGAUCCUCAAUGCAAUCAACUUCGGCGGGAUGCUCUCCAUCGGCAUGACAUAUCCUAUCGUUAUGGCAUCUUCACCUUACAAUCUGCCCCAAAGCACCAUUGCGCUCGUGAAUCCAGUUGCUGCAAUUGGGGCCAUCUUGGCCAUCCCAGUAACUUGUAUGACAGUCUCUCGUGUAGCAUGUCGCUUGACACGCAAGAAUGGAGGGGUCCGAGACGCCGAACACUAUCUCGUGGCUUUCCUGCUGCCGACUGUAUCUGGAAGUGCCAGUGUCAUCCUCUAUGGUGUUGCGGUGCAUUUCGGAUGGAAUUCUGGCUGGAUUUUCUUCUCAUAUGUGCUCAACGCGUUUUCUUCGGUAGGUCUUGGCGCCGCAGCAACGCUCUGGGUUACUGAGGCGUUCCCUUGUUGGGCUGCCUCUGCGUUGAUCGUUGUGGGCGGAUUUGGCUAUCUUCUGAGUUUCGGGGUGAGCUAUGCCAUCGACCCCUGGGUGCAAGCCCAAGGAUACCUUGGCGCAAAUCUCCAAAUCGGAUGUCUCAUAGCUGCGGUUGGAGGCGUUGCAGUGCCUCUGGUGUUUUGGGGGAAGGAUAUACGGCAGUAUAUCCAUGGCAAGUGGGUACGGUAUGAUGGGGGAAUGCUCCGACCACAAGUAUGA